UUAUUUUGACACAGACGAUGGAGCAGUUGAAUAGGGUGUCACGAUCGGUUUAUUGUUGGGGUGUAGUCUAUAUAUAUAGCUAGUUCUAUAUAAAAGAACUUAAUUAGAAUCAAUUGGCAUACAGUGCAAAUAAUGUUCAGACGGCUCGCGUGUGUUUGAUGUUUAUUUUCCCGCUUAUUUAAGAGAGAACUUUCCAAAAAUGGAUUACUACCGAACCUUUAUGCAUCACUUCUGGAGUGAACAUGUUUGGUUGCCCCCAAAUACUACAUGGGCCGAUAUAUCACCGGAAGCUAGUGAACACAUAAAUCACACAAAUUCCAAGCAUCUAUUCUUCCCAAUGCCCAUGGCCUUUGGGAUGUUGUUCAUUCGUUAUGUACUAGAAAAAUAUUGGUUUGCGCCAGUAGGAAGAUCGUUAGGAAUUAAACAUAGUAGACCCAAAAAGGCCCCCGCAAUACCGGCACUCGAAAAUGCAUAUAUGGCUUCUAAAAAGUGGAAACAUAAGCAGAUUCAGGGACUAGCAAAACAGUUAGAUAUGUCUGAGAGGCAGGUAGAAAGGUGGCUCAGGUUAAGAAAGGGCCAAAACAAACCUUCCACCUUGACGAAAUUCUGUGAAAAUGCUUGGAGAUGCUCCUACUACAUUUUUAGUUUCAUUUACGGAAUAUACAUUUUAUGGGACAAACCAUGGUUAUGGAAUAUAAAUGAAUGCUGGACCGAUUUUCCCCAUCAGUCAGUAACGAAGGACAUAUGGUGGUACUACAUGAUAUCCAUGUCCUUCUACUGGUCGCUCUGCGUCUCUCAGUUCUUCGAUGUGAAGAGGAAGGAUUUCUGGCAGAUGUUCAUACAUCACAUCGCCACCAUAGUGCUGAUGUGCCUGUCGUGGAUCGUGAACGUCUUCAGGGUGGGCACCCUGGUCCUGGUGGUCCACGACGCCGCCGACAUAUUGCUGGAGGCAGCCAAAAUGGCCAAGUACUCCGGUUUCCAGAAAGUAUGCGAUUUUAUAUUUGCAAUAUUCACCGUUUUGUGGAUAGUAACUAGGAUAGGUAUAUUCCCCUUCUGGAUAAUCAGGAAUACUUCUAUUGAUGCACCGAAGAUUGUGCCAAUGUUCCCUGCCUACUAUAUAUUCAACGGUCUGCUGAUCCUUCUGCUGAUACUGCACAUGUUCUGGACCUACCUCAUCCUUAAAAUAGCCUACAACGCUGUGAACGCCGGCCAAAUGGAGGGCGAUAUUAGGUCGAGCAGUGACGAUUUCAGCGAGGAUUCCAACGAGAACGAGAAGAACAACAGGGAGAAAGAGAGCAAAAAAUCCUCCUAGAUCGAUCCGGAAGCAAAACGAAGAGUUAUUUGUCCAAUAUAUCGUAUAGUCGUCUUUGGGCCCAAAAAGCAUGUAUGGGACUCAACCGUCGGGCAUUUCGAGAAUUUUAACGUUUAAGAAUGAACCCACGUCCGAAGUGAGUUUGAAACUAUUUACAAUACUGAGAUUGUUGAUUUUGCUCAUAUUUUAUUUUUUUCUAUUCGAGUUUCCGAGCUCAAAUCUCGAUUGGAUGUUGCCUAAAUUAGAUUAAUGUUAUAAUUAUUAUAAGUUUGUUUAUUCAACCUAGUUUAAGUGCCAAACUUAUAGGACGAGUUUUCAUCACAUAAUUGUAAUUGGAUCUCUAUUUAUUUAUUAUCUCAUCUUGGUUUCAUCGAUGAAAAGUUUCAAACUCACUCAAUCAAUGCACAUUUUAGUUUACAGUGAAUUGAUCGCAAUUUUAUCCGGAACAGUUUCAUGGAUGUAAUUUUCGUUCAUUUCUUCUUUCGAGCAAGCAAAACUGCAAUUUUUUAAGUGUUGAAGGGGUGAAAACUAUAUUAGUUAGCUGAAUUAACUAUAAAUUUUUGUAAUUCUUCAAAUAAGGUGGGAAAGGCAUUUUAUCUUUCCUCCGUUAUCAAAUAUACUUUUUCAUCGAAGAAUUAACAGAAUUAUUCCAUGAGAAUCCUGGUUUCAAACCGGGCUCAGCAUUAUUCGAUUGACACUAAAUUAACAUUAAUCUGUACCAAGCGAAACCAAAGCGUACUCUAGAUAGAAUAUUUGAAAUCCGACGGUCACUCAAGCGUUUAAAAAAAAUGUGAUUUUCAACGAAUUAACAAGGUGCAUCACUUGUAUUUUUUCCCGUAGUAUUUCUGCCUUACAUUUGGAGUUUGAGUGGCUGUGCAGGUUGAGUAAGCAAAUCCACGAUCCUCCUUUAUUUUAAUUAUUUUUAAUAGCUAUUUUUCACAUUGAUGGAUUUUUUUCAGGUGUUAAACGCACCUGGAUCACUCAAUUAUAUAUUAAUAUAUAUUGACUGAAA